CCCUUGUAUAAGAAGGCAGGGGUGCUUGUCAUCUCGUUUAGGAUUUGAAAUUGAUGUUUUGAUCUGUUUUAGGGUUAUAAUUUCAUGAAUCUCAAUGCUGUGACUCCUGGAGAGGUUACAUAACAGCCAAAAAUWGAAAUACUCUUUCACWUAAAUGUUAGGGUAUACAUUGAUGAUGACAUUAAUAUGAGGUUGAUGAAUAUACUUUUAUUGCUGGUUGUUUCUAUUUAAGAUAUGGGAGUUUACUAGUUCCCCAGUUCUAGAGCUGCACAACAUCUUAACAGCCGAAUCAAAUCAGAACCUCUACCAUACACAAGCCACAUUUAGCAAACUUAUUCAUAGACUUCAAAAUCUAGCACAGAUGUUUGGCAUCCAAGUCCAAAAUGAGAAAACAUUUGGAAUUGGCAGGGUUACUAUUGAUAGCUCAACUUGGGUAGAGUUGGAAGAACAAAACAAUAGCUUAGGUAGUACAACUUCAUUUGAACAACUGGUUCAACAAUUCCAGAUGGCCCUUUACCACACUAAAACCCCAAUAUAUAACAGUCAGCAAAUGAUGGCUUUUUCAGAGAAGCAUGCACCAGGAUUGUGGGAUAUUAUCAUAAAAGCUAUCUCUAGGAAUGACAGCCGUCUAAGUGAAGAUCAUACAAAAAUGCAGCAGCAAAGAGCAGUUGUCCUGCUACACAUACUUGCUUAUUUUAGAUCACAAAAAACCUGUCACUUACAAAAAGAUCAAGGUCUGUUUUUACAACAGCAUGGGACAUCAAGGGUAGCACUGAAUUCAGGAUGAGUCCUUGGUUUUAGCACAAGCCCUAGAGAUAUAGACCGACACAAGCUCCAACUUAUYCGAAAUUAUCCUUCUGUUCUCAAACAAAGAUUAGAAUCUGCUAUUACGGGACCCUAUCUAAUGGUUAACCUUUUGGACGACUUCCACAACAUUCUUACUAUAAGACUUCCUUCAGAAUUGAAGCUCUCAGUAGCCACUCAUAUGGCAAGCAGUCUGCUUGAUAUACAUAAGAAAAUUCCUGCAGUGAAACUACCUCUAAAAAAGGGCAUCCAACACAACACUGUCAAAAUAAAAGUUGCUGGAGUUGAAAAGGAGUGCAGAGGCGGGAUAAGCAAAACAAACAUCAAAAAAUUGUUAGAUAGUUAUAAAGAGAAAAGGCAUCAAAUGUUCUUUGAAUGCUUUCCAAGAGUGCUCUUAAUAACUCCAACAAAAAUUCAACACCAACUUAAAGAAUUAAGGGUUUAUUCUCAAUUAUCCCAUGAUGAAAUGUGCACAUUACAAACAACAACACUCAUCGAUGAAUUUGAACAACCAUUAAAAAGCAUGGAGGAUUAUGAGAAGGCAUUAACACACAUUUUGAGUAAAUGCCCUAAUCUAAAAAAUUAUCUCCAACACUUUGUUUUACCGACACCUGGAGACUGGCCAACAUGGUUCUAUCAGAAGAAACUGAUAGCACAGCGCAGUAAUUUAAGUCUUCAUUCAAUCAUUCCAGAGCAAGGUCCAUUUCAUGUGUUUCUAAAUCUUCAAGAGGAUAUUGUUAAAAUGUACCACUUCAUACUCAAGCCUAUUUACAAGGAAAUUUUUGGCUCAGACUUGCCACUCAAGCCCAAACCAUACAGAAUUAACAUUUUAAUCAAUGCCGUGUUUUUGGGAUGGCUGAAAAUAAGAUCAAAAGUGCUACAAAAAUUUAAACUUUGCAAAGAUAUAGAGUUUUCAUGCAUCCUACACAUGCUUGAAGAAGCAAUGCCAAUUGGAUUUUGUUUUUAUUCCCUUGUAUACAGAUCUGGAGUACUUUCUGAUUAUGUUGAAGUAAUGUUGAGACUUUUAGUAUUGUUCAUUGUUUGGAAAAGGAAACACUAUCAUAAAUCAACAUUAUCAAUGCUUAGUGACUUAUGGCACCAUAAAGAAAAUUUAAAAAAAUAUUAUGACUUGAAAAAAUAUUGGAUGACUUUAAUUACCGAAAAAAAAGUAGAGAUCUGGCACAGUGUACUGAGGCAUAACAUCCAAGUCUAUGACAAGGCUGACCAAAUACAAUCAAAAGCAAUAGCUCUGGCUGCAUCAAAAUCUGAACAAGACUUUCAAGCACAGUUUCUCAAGCCAUACAAACGUGGUUGCACAGAAAAAGACUUAAGUAUGAUUGCUGGCAAAUCUGCAGAAGUACUUCUGUCUACCAUAAAAGCCAUUGGUCAAAACCUGGGUAAAUCAGAAAAGAUUGACCAGAACAUAAAUGACACACAAAAGAAGAAGAAGAAGGGCAUUGCAAAAAAUACUUCAUGCAUACAUUUGAUGCCACUGUAGACACAAAAGCAAUGCCAUUUGCCUACCUUGAUUCCAAAGAUGCACCAGGUAAAGAUCCAGACCCACACAAACUUUGUGA